CUCAAGAAGAGUAGUGCCAGCUGAAGCCGUGCCCACAGACUGCUUCGCUGAAGUCAAGGGGAGGGAGCAAACAUAGGAGUUAAAGACCAACCCAUACAGAAUAUCCACCAUCGGGAGAUGAAAGAAAGGAGAGGAGCCAGCCAGGGGGACAGGAAACUUAUCGGAGAUGCAGAAAGAGACUCCGAAUAAUGCAGAGCCACAGAACUGAAAAGACACGACCCUGGUGGAGUCGAAGAGAAAGGAAAGACGUGACUGGAGGCCCAGAAUCUCUUCCCACAACAUAGCCCGAUCAUACAUGGCCCAUGUGGAGGAGGCAGCCCGCCGGUUGUCCAAAACUGGGUCAACCCUCUACGCAGUGCUGGAGCUUAAGAAGGGUGCCUCACCUGAAGAUGUGAAAAAGGCCUACAGCCAUUCCCCAUCCUCUCCCCCCACUCCUUUUGGGUAUUGCCUGGGUAGGAGACUGGCCUUGAAGUAUCAUCCAGACAAGAAUCCAGGGGACCCUCAAGCAGCAGAGAUAUUCAAAGAGAUCAACACAGCCCACGCCGUACUGAGUGACCCUAAGAAGCGGAAAAUUUACGACCGGCAUGGCUCUUUGGGCAUUUAUAUAUACGAUCACUUUGGCGAAGAAGGUGUGACCUACUACUUUACGCUGAAUAGUUGUUGGUUCAAGACACUUGUCCUCCUGUGUGCUCUGCUCACCUGUUGCUGUUGCUGUUGCUGCUGCUGCUUUUGCUGUGGAACACUUCGACCGCCACCCGAGGAAGUAGCGAAGAGAAGAUAUGAGCCAAAUGUCCAGAAUCAGCCUCCAAGAUCAGGACACAGAGAACAUUUUAGAAGAGGGAACGAUAAUUCUAGUGAUGACAGUUAUUAAAAGAUGGAGAGUGAGGUGCUAACCCAGCAAGGGUGCCCUUUGCUGCUCAGUCAGCUGGACUCGGUGAAGAGAGGAGCAAGUAGCCCUGUCCUGACAUUGCCCCUGAUUUGCUCUUCUUGUAAAAAAAUCCCAUCUUCGGAUGGCAUCCAUCCCAGUGAGGAUGCUGCCUUCUUCUUGAUGGGAUCACGGCCCCUGGCCCUGCAUGGUGGCCCAGAUCCUCUCCUUUUUAGCUCCAGCCCUGAUUUUCAUCUUUUAGAGUGGCCCUCCUAUCCCUGUCCUUACAAGGUCCUGGGCAGUGGUGAUAGUCCUUUCCAGAGCAUGCUUUUUCCUGGGCCUUCCUUGGGAUUUGAGCCAGUGUCAGCUGCUCCAUCAGCCGCUUGCCACAUCUCCAUCAAGAUCCUGAUAACCAAGGCGGGUGGAUGCCGUCCCAGAGCUGCUGUACCAGCUAAUCCUCCUUUGUUGCAACUCUGUGUACCACGAACUCUUAGAGUCCUUCCUAAGUGCAUACACCCUGCUGGGGGCCGGUCUCACCUUCGUCUGGUGCCAACGCAUGUGGCAUUACCUCCGGAUCCUCCCUGGACUGCAGCUGCCAGCAAAGCACCUUAGCCUGGGGCCUGUGGGAUGACUGAGGUUCACACAUCUGGGCCUGCCUACCUCCAGCCUUUGUAGGCUGAUCACUGUAUGUUUUGGUCUUGAAACAGGGGCACGAACUGGGUGACAGGGUCAAGAGCCACCUUUGACAGACCCUUUCGCCACGCGUGCCUCCUCGUCACACCAUUUUGCAUCCAGGCAGGGUCAGGGCCUAGUAACUCCUCCAACGUCUCUCGCUGGCCUGGGAGACGGGCUAAGGCACGUCUGUGAAUAAAAGAGCUUUUGUCCAAUCCCAGCGCCUGUGUUGGGUCCCCCAAAGACAGAUGGUACCUGGGAUGGAGAAGAAGGAGGCGGGGAAGGUAGAGGAGCGGGA